AUGAACGCGUUAAUGGAUAAUACCAGUUACCAUAACGAAGCUAACAACUGCGGUAUUGUAAGUGCCACUUCAACCUCUGAAGAUGAUCAGCUGAGUUUAUGCUGUCUGUGUGGUCAAACGUUUCCAAGUAUCAAGUCCCUUCAUAUGCACAUUAAUGUUGUACACGAAGAAGUGGCGGACUCUUUUGAUUUUCAGUUAACAGAUGGUGAAAACGACGACUCUCAUUCAGUCACCUUAGGAUCGCGGAUCUCACUGUCAUCUAGUAGUGAGGAAUUUAUAUCCAAGCCUGAAACUCCAGUUGUUUGUCCGAAUUGUAAAAAGCCGUUUCCUGGUCUCACAAGUUUGCGAGUUCAUAUAGAUUCUGUUCAUCAUGGUAAUCGAAUACCUCAAUGUGAUUAUUGCAUGAAAAAGUUCUCCACAUUAUCUUACCUUCGAAUGCAUAUUUCUACUGUUCAUGAAGGUGUCCGGGCAUAUUCUUGUAAUAUCUGUGAGAAGAGUUACACUCAAAAGCAUUCUUUGAAAAAACAUCUUAGAAAUUCUCAUUCAAUCUCAUCCAGUCAAGACAUACCAGAUGAUUCAGGAUCAACUAAUGGGGUACCGAAUAAAUCUAGUCAGUCUGCAUGUUCCAAUGAAAUGCGUACCUUUAAAUCACGUAAAAGGUUACUCGUUGAUUCUCCAAUCAUACCUAAUUCCUGUAGUCCUAGUCCAUCUAGGUCUAAUGAAGUGGACGGUCCUGUUCCAUUGGAAACUAAGAAUCGCCAAAUCAGUUGAUGACAUAAAUGUAAGUCACAAUGAGUUUCUUAUAUUCCUUGAUGUUACUUUUGAACAACAUUAAAUAAAACUGUUGUGAUACGUGGUGUUAUUUAAUACAAUUACAGUUAAUCAAAUUUAUACGCAAUUUUUAUAUAUGGUUUAGGAUAAUGGCCCCAUUUUCACAGAAAUUACAACUAAUAAUUACAUGAUUUUAGAGGUUUCUCAAUUUCAAUAAAUGCAUCUUGAGC